CUUUGAGUAGUCGUAAAAUCACGCUCUCUCGCCUCCUUCCGCGAUUUCUCAGGUUUAUCAGUGUUAGUGUUUUACAUCUCCGUCAGAUCAAGUAUGGCGACCGCUUGUCACAUCAGUAUUCCAUCUCAGCAGGAUUAUUCUGUGAAGGAUUGGUUGGAAAGGGGUCCCUCUUCUUGCCCUCGUCAAUUUUCACGUGGAAUACUCGCAAGGGCUCACGUCAGCGUUCCGCUUCCCGUCGCAGGAACCGACAGAAACUGUGCAAGCUCUGGAGUGGCAGCUGCUGAUAUAGAAAUGAGCAAAACUCUCUGCGUCUACUGCAAGAAAGGUUUCAGGCCAGGCCCUGAGUAUAUAUGCCAUCUGAUUGCGUGCCUUGCAGUCAAACGUCCGGAAUUCACCCUGGAAUUCCAUGAGGGUGACAUUAUGGACGACGCCUACCGAGGGUACACUACGGUGCUCGCUCAGGUUGUAGACUGCGCGGCGGUAAGGCCCUUUGGAGUGUCGAAAGUUCUGGAGGGCAAAUACCCUUUCUCUAGCCCAUAUCCUGACAGAAGACGGGUGGGGGCGUUCAACAGGGCGCUUCCAGAGGACAGGGCUACCCCGGGGACGAUAGCAGUCCACAAGUCGAAGUUCCAUGCCCAUGACCCACUGGUCGUCAACAUGUUCGCCCAGUUCUACUCUGGGAAGAGCUUCGAGGACAACGUCGGGAGUCAGAACCUAGUCCGUCAUUUGCGUCAGGUGCCGAGGAAUAAACGCAGGAAGGGCAACAGAAGAAACGAUGACUUUGCAGAGGCCUCCAGAGCGAUACGCUGACGAAUCGCAGCCGAUGGUUCCAGGAAUGUUUGCGGCAGUUGGAGGAGGUCGUGCGAAGGACCUAUGUCCAGAAGGUCGUUUUUCUGUACAAGAUUGAAAAUGCUUUGUCUGUCAGUGACUGGGAGGGAUAUUAUGUACCCGCUAUCAGGGGCUUCUUUGAUAAGGUUUCUUGCCGUAGGGUUAAUGUUGUUGUUCUGAAUGUUGAUUAGAGUGAGGUCGAAGAAUAUCUUUUGUAAAUCUUUGCAAUCAUUUGGGACAAACUCGUUUAGUAUUUUUGCCAAGUUGGUUAAUGACUGAAAUGUAAAUAGAACCUUAGGUAAAAUAUGUUUUUAUUAUAUUGUCAAUAACUCUCAGCUGUGAUAUCUAUGUUCGUAAUGUUUGUAUUUAUUCUUUGUAUGUGUGGAAAUAUUUGUUUUUAAAUGCGUUGUUUUUUGUGACAUUUCUGUGCAAAUGUUGCUCUAAUAUGUGCUAGGUUUAAGGCUAUGGUUGCUAAGCAAUUAUAGUACAAUUUACAACAUAUUUUACUUUUAGUGUUCUGAUUUAAUCUAUCUAACUGAAAUUUGUUAGGAUAGGGAUUUUUAUUGACAGUUAUUAUUAGAAUUAAUUGUAUAUUAUAUAUCUUUUUACUGAGUCAUACUUUCUUACUAAUGCAAAUUAUUAUA